AUGAGCUUAAAAAUAUGUUUUUAUAUCUUAUUUUCCAAUGUAUUACUUAUAACAGCAGCAGAUAGAAAAAAUAUUUUAAAUACAUUUUUUGAUGCUUUAUUGAGUGACAACAGCCACGAGAAUCGAUACAAAACAUUGCUGCAAACAGGAAUACAUGAUUUUUCAGUUGGAUUGUUUGAGGGAUCAGGUGGCCGUAUUAAUAAAAUAUCAAACAUCCAACGAACUGGUAAUGUCAUUGUGCACCCCGGAAAAGAUGAAACAUGGAUAGAAAUGUCUUUCAUUGUGCAACAUCUAGAUGUGAUUUGGGACAAUUCAACUUGUUUUGGAAUUAAAUGCCAGCUUUGGGCUACUAUGUUGGAAAAUAAAUUUGAUGUGAAAAUGGCUGUAAGACCGAUCAACUGCCUGGUGUCAUACAAUAUUAAUUUAAAUACCGUCGGAACAAUGGAAGUGAGUGUGUCAGAACUACCUAAAUAUAUGCCAAGUUUUUUAUUUAAUGGAGCAUUAUACAUAGUAGAAGUGUUUUUUAAAGGUCCACUAAUGGAAAGUGUCAAACAUCGUAUAAACCAUAGUGUUAUACAUGAUUUUAUAGAUAAAAAUCAAAUAGACCAAAUAUGUAUAGCUGUCAAUGAAACAAUUUACACCACAAUAUUCUAA